AUGGGCUCCGUGCUCGAUGCCAACUCCCGCGCUGUGCGGAAGCGGAUUGAAAAUCAUCAAUUCGAGGAUGAAACGGGUGAAGAAUAUGAGUCUUCCACAUUUGGUGGAUUUGGUGACUAUAUACGCCGGAAGAAAAUCAAGCUGCAGAACUUAGAUGCGGAGAUUCGUUCUGCAGCGUCGGAUUGCCCGCCCAUCUUUCGCGGAGUGGUGGUCCAUGUCAACGGCUACACCCAACCGUCUCUGCAAGAUCUUCAUCGUCUCGUGGUAAGCCAUGGCGGGGGGUUCCUUCAGUAUCUCGAUGGCAAGACAGCCGCAACCCAUAUCAUUGCCAGCUCCCUGACCCCCAAGAAACGUGAGGAGUUCCGAAGAUAUCGUAUUGUCAAACCCGCCUGGGUUGUGGAGAGUGUGAAAACAGGACGAUUGCUUCCCUGGGAUUCCUUUCGGGUUGUGGAUGAAGGUCAAUCUCAGAAGAUUCUCAAGUUCGAUCACGGUCAACUUUCCAGCCGGACUAAUAGUCCGCGGUCAGGUUAUAGAGACCAGACUGAAUCAAGCUGGUACACUUCACAAUUAAAAGCUUUGGCUGCGAGGAACACGGCGGACUCGGAGCAAGUACCUCCCUUGGCCAAUCAAUCCUUGAAUGGAUCGCAAUCUGAUUAUGGGGACUUUCCGAGUUUCACGUCCCUCGACGAGAUGAACAACGAAUCCGGCACCUGCGGCUCGCGGGGAGAUGCAAUACAGGAGAUGAUUUCAGAGACUAACGAUUCAACCCAUGCCCCCGGGCUUAGCCAUUCACCGGACCCUCGGCCUGAUACCGCUCAUGGUGCUAUGUCUCCCCCGCAGCCAAUUCCUGCACCGAACAUGACCUCCGAAGAAUAUAACGCUCAGCUUCUGUCUGACCCACGCAUGAAGAAUUCGAGUGCUACCAAUCCAGAUUUCCUCCAACAGUUCUACAAAGAGUCUCGUUUGCACCACCUUUCCACCUGGAAAGCCGAGCUAAAGGCUCUACUGCAAUCUGCGGCGAAAGAGAAAUCGCGGUCUCAAGCCGCGCGGCAAAAGCGUAUAUACGGAGGAAGAAGGUAUAUCAUGCAUGUUGACUUCGACUGUUUUUUUGCGGCAGUUUCCACUUUAAAAUGUCCCGAGCUGGACGGCAAGCCUGUUGCCGUUGCGCACGGCACUGGAUCGGGCUCUGAAAUUGCAUGCUGCAAUUAUGCAGCCCGAGCGCACGGUGUCAAGAACGGAAUGUGGAUGAAGGGGGCCUUGAAGACAUGUCCUGAUCUUAAAGUCCUGCCUUAUGACUUCCCGGCUUACGAAGCAGCAAGUCGCAAGUUCUACCAUGCCAUUCUCUCGGUAGACGGUAUCGUCCAAAGUGUCAGUAUCGAUGAGGCUUUGGUAGACAUCACCACCCAAUGUCUGGAUGCCGGGGGCACGGACGGUCGGGGGAUGGCCGAGGGCUCCAUCUACCGAGAACAGGCCAAGGCCGAUGAAAUCGGUCAAACCCUACGGGCUGUGAUCAAAGCCCAAACGGGAUGCGCCGUUUCGGUGGGAAUCGGGGGCAAUAUCUUACAGGCAAAAGUCGCUCUGCGGAAGGCCAAGCCAGCUGGCCAGUUCCAGCUCAAACCUGAAGACGUCCUGGACUUUAUAGGGAAUCUUAACGUCCGAGAUCUCCCUGGCAUCGGCUAUAGUCUAGAGGCCAAAUUGGAGGAGCUGGGGGUCAAGUUCGUCAGAGACAUCACUGAGCUCACCCGCGAAAGGCUGACUUCUAGCCUGGGCCCCAAGACGGGGAAGAAGAUGUGGGAGUAUGCUCGGGGGAUCGACCGGACCGAGGUGGGCAACGAAGUAUCGAGGAAGUCGGUGUCGGCAGAAGUCAACUGGGGCAUUCGGUUCGUCAACCAGACUCAGGCCGAAGAGUUUGUCAAGUCGCUCUGUGGGGAACUACAUCGGAGACUGGUUGAGAACCUGGUGAAAGGCAUACAGUUUACGCUGAAAGUCAUGCGGCGAUCAGCGGAUGCUCCAUUGGAGCCAGCCAAACACCUGGGUCAUGGCAAGUGUGACGUCUUCAACAAGAGUGUCGUCCUUGGUGUAGCGACCCACGAAACUGACACCCUCGCAAAGGAGGCGGUUUCCAUGCUCCGAAGCUUAAACAUCACGCCGGGCGAUCUGAGAGGACUGGGAGUGCAAAUGACCAAGCUCGAACCUCUUGCGCCGGCGACGAAUGGCCGGCUGGAAAGCAGCCAGCAGCGGCUCACUUUCAAAGCUUCGCCAACUCGCAAAACCAUCGAACGCAGUACCGACCCAGACAUGUUGGAUAGUCCACGCAAGAGUGAGUCUCAGUCGAUUUUCCAGGGUCCUUCUUUGAGCGACAGUACCUAUCGCCCUCUGAACGUCUCCGGAACCCAGUUCAUCAUGCCGUCGCAGCCCGACCCCAAUGUAGUAGCGGAGCUUCCGAAUGACAUUCGGUCCAAGUUGGUAGCGCAGGGGAAACGCCAGCACGAUUCCCGUUCCAUCUCCCCCAGUCCUGCCAGUCGUCGUCCUCAACCACCUCCGGCGGAACUUCCCCCUCAGUCCCAAUUGGAUCUGGAGACUUUGGCUGCAUUGCCGGAGGAUCUCCGCACGGAGGUUCUGGGUUACUAUAACCUGCCGACCGGGAAUACCGAUUCUCUCCCAACGCCAUCUACUGUGACCGCGUCCAGGCCUUCAUCCUCUGGGUCUCUUAAGUUCACGAAGCCUACAACACCACCUUCUCCACCGAUGGACACAAUUGAAGAGGUAUCGGCAGAGUUCCUAGCGGCACUGCCGGAUGAUAUCCGUUGCGAGGUACUGAAUGAACAACGGAGAGCCCGCAUGCUGCAGCGCUCUAGUAAUGCCCCGGUCAUGCCUCCACGGGGGGCUGACAAUCCCGCCCCUCUUGUCCAAGAAAGACGGCUUCCUCUUUCCCCCUUACCGGAGCGGCCCAGUUUCACAGCGAGGAAGCUGUCUAGUUUACCGGAUUUGCGUGAUGCGGUUGGUGACUGGCACGCCGCAUUUGCCGACGAAGGCCCAUUUGAUGAAGAUGUGACAUCCCUUGCUCGGUAUUUGCAGCGAGUAGUUGCUGACGAGAAGGAUAUCAAUAAGGCUGUCUCUGUGGUCAGCUGGUUGAUGUGGCUUAUUAACGACGGAAAGGAGCAACCCUCGGGGUCGUCCGGCCAGCAAGGAUCCUUGUACGGAAGAUCUCAGGGUGUUAUUCACUGGGAUAAUGCUGUACGACGUCUCCAGGAGAGCAUACAAGAGGGAUUGUCCGAGCGAAAUCUGCCGCCGGUAGAAUUCUCCUGA